AGUAGAAGAAGUCCCCAAUGUGACGUCACCGGCGUGUUUGGGAGAAGGCUGGAGGAAGAUGGCGGGGUCCAAGGUGAAGCAGGACAUGCCUCCUCCGGGAGGCUAUGCUGCCUUUGAUUAUAAGAGAAAUCUACCGAAACGAGGAUUCUCUGGAUAUACCAUGUUUGGCAUUGGGAUUGGUGUCAUGAUGUUCGGCUAUUGGAGGCUCUUUCGCUGGAACAGAGAGAGAAGGCGCCUGCAGAUUGAGGAGUUGGAAGCCAGGAUAGCUAUGAUGCCCCUGCUGCAGGCAGAGAAUGACCGAAGGUCCUUACGGAUGCUGAGGGAAAAUCUAGAAGAGGAGGCUAUAAUCAUGAAGGAUGUCCCUGGAUGGAAGGUCGGUGAGAGCGUCUUCCACACAGACCGCUGGGUCCCCCCUUUGACAGAGGAGCUGUUCAACCUCCGGCCCCGCGAGGAGUUGUUGCACAAGCGUUUCGGCUUCUUGCUUUACGUUUGAACACCAGCAAAGAUGUCCAGCGUCCUGAGCUCCAUCACCUUCCAGAGCCAGCACCACAUGGACCUGAGCCCUUGUGCAAUCCAGCUUGUAAAUGUUCAAUAUUAAAGUAUCUUUUUUCCUGUA